CGAGGUCGUGAAAAACUGUUGUGAAAUGAGUUGUGUUCUGUUGAUGAUAAUUCGAGAUUAACCACACGUUUUAAAGUAGACUGUGCGAUGUCUUUCAAAAUCGAUAUUCACAAUCAUAUAUUACCCGAGAGAUGGCCAGAUCUGAAGGAGGUGAGUCGUUUAAAAAUGAUCGAGCUAAUAUAAUUGGCAAAUUUUCAGGCAAGUACGAAAAGUUUUGUCAUUGUUUUCUGAAAAGAAUAAUUGAAUUUCAUAGAGAAAUAUAUUUGAUGAACUUGAAUUAUGUACGGAGGCCCAAUUAACAGAAUUAAAUAACGUAGAAGAAUUGUAAUUCGUAUGGUGUUGAACACGGUAGAAGCAUCGAUCGUAAAGAUUAAAUCACAUUUGCAACAGAGACAUGCAAUGUAAUUAGAAACACUUCGAAUUCCUAUACUGUUGUUAGGGGCCUAAAAAGAAUUACAGUAGCACAUGAAUUAAUAAUAAACAUUUUAGGCUUUGUUAUUUUAUGUAAACUGGGCUUAAAAUGAUUCCAUGUGUAACAGUAAAUCAAACUUAACGACCACCGCCCACACCACACCGCCAAGAAUUGACAAGUUGUUAAAAAAAACAAAACAAACAAAGAUCAGUUCACACCAGAUUACUGAAAUUGAAACUCUACAAGUUUGAUAGAUUUUGACUACCUUAGUUUAUAUUCAAAAUCAUAGAGUUCAAAAGCACUGGGAAGUUUGUUAGAAAGUGUUAUGACUAGGCUGUAAUUUAAUCCCUAAGACAAUAUGGAAGUGAGAUUUCUGGUGUUUAGCAUGUAAUUGAGUACAUAGGUUUCAUUACAUAUCCAAUUCCAAAUAUUGCAUUUCUAGUUUUCUGACUAGUUCACUCAACUCCAGUUAUCAGCUCAUAUUCUCAGUCACCUUAUAUAGAAUUACGCAUCCCACCAACUGUUGUGGAGCUGAAAAAAAAAGCUUCAAAUAUUCAAACAUUCAGGAUUUAAUGAAAUUUAAUAAAACAAUUAUUGCAUAUGUGCCUGUUGGAUAUGAGAAUGCUUACAGCCAACUUGGUGCUUUGUGCCUUGUUGACGAUUUACCAUCUUAUAUCCAAUGAGUACUCAAGGAAUAACUGUCAUAUAUUUUUUAAUAAGUGCUAAAUGGGGUUGUGAGAAUGUUAUACACUUAUAUAACAAGUAGAUUUUUCUUCUUUUCAGCGAUAUGGUUAUGGAGGAUGGAUACAACUUCAUCAUCAUUGUGAGGUUUGUUAAAUUGUCUCUUUUGUCAACUGGCAGCCAAUUAAUUAGCUUACAGUGCCAGCCUAACUUUUAAGAGGGAAUGUUCACUAUUUACCCAAGUAGAACCAUCAUCUUACCUCCUUCUUUUUUAAAGAAGAGGAAGGAUUGACUCCAUAGAUAAGGAAUUUAUUUCCAGGAGCCUCAAAGACCCUUUUAGAUGAACAAUCAGUUUAAAUGAUGAUAAUAGGCUUAGAAGACUCCUACUGUUCUUAAAAAAUUCUUGACUUCACUCUAAUAAAUUUAUAUAGUUAAAAUGGGUUUUUUUUAUAUAUUUUUAUGAGAGGGUCUUUCCAGAUUUGUGUAAAAUAUGAUUGCUAUUUUUUAUUUCCUCUCCUCUUUGUACCUUUCUGGUCAAGAGACUACAUUAUGGAAAGUACAGUUAGGGUUAAAUGAUUAUCUGCUCAAAUGUUGAACUUGAAAGUUCUUACUUUCAAUUGUUUUUUAGGGAAAAGCAAAGAUGAUGAAAGAUGGGAAUCUUUUUCGUGUGAUAGAUGAGAAUUGUUGGUCACCAGAGGCAAGAAUCAGAGAUAUGGAUGCAACAGGUGAGAUUUUAGAAGUCAAGAAAUUACACUCUCCAAAAAACAAAAAAAAUCUUUUUGCAUAAGUAUGGUUCUUAGCUCAGGUGCAGGUUCAAAGAAUCUGUCUUGCAAAAUUAGAAAACUGUGAAAAACCAAAAUAUUUAUUAAAAUUGAUGUUAUUCUGUUUCAUGGAAAAAGCCAAUCAGGCAUCAGAAAACUAAACUGCAAACAUGAAAUGGGAUGAGAAUUUAAAGGAGAAGUUUUUCCCCUUUUUCCAGUCUAUUCUUGACAAGUAUUUUGUUCCACACAGGUGUCACAGUUCAAGCCCUUUCAACUGUUCCAGUUAUGUUCAGUUAUUGGGUAAGUGUGACAGAUGGAAUACAUUUGACUUUGCUGUUGAAUGAACAGUUCCUUACUAACAAUGCCUUUUUUUUUUUCUUUAAGGCCAAGCCAGAAGAUACUUUAGAUUUAUGUUGUAUAAUGAAUGACGACCUUGCAAAAACUGUGAAGAAAUAUCCCAAAAGAUUUGUGGGUCUUGGAACUCUUCCAAUGCAGGUAAAAUGCAUUAUAAAGUAAAAAGUUGUAGAUCAUACUGAAUUAUAAAUUUUUAAAUGUGAAGGUUCUCUGCCUUUAGUUAACCUUUUAACCCUUAAGUGUGACUAGCAUCUAAUUUCUCCUUACAGUAUCCUCCUCCCCCCCCCCCAAGUCACACUUUAAGGUCACUAGAAUAAAGGAAAAGAUCACCGACUAAAUCUCGUCACCAGCACUUUAGGAAAUGUAUAGAGAACAGUAUGGAGAAUAUGCACACUGAUGUUAGGGUAACUGUAUGCCUUGUUAAAUUUGCCAAACCUUUCAGUAGAAAAUGAAGAGCCUUUGUUGCUGGCAUUAAGCUGCAGUUAAUAGAGUUGUUUAAUAGAAGCACGAAAAAUGAAGAGGGCAACUGUAAAUUAGCUAACUGAAGUUAUUUUGAGCUUACAGUGAAUGUUCCUAUUUUUGUUGUAUUCAAACCAUGAGGUGAUGGUCAGGAAAACUUAUCAUGCGAUGUAAAUUUGUCAUCUAUUGCAAUAUUUAUCUUAAUAGGCACCAGAUCUUGCAGUACAGGAGCUAACCAGAUGUGUAAAGGUGUGAACCAGUAGAUUAUUAGAAUUUUAUUGUGAUAUCAAGUUGGUUAAUGUCUGUUUUGGCUAUAAACUGGAGUUGGUUGCUACUUCUAGGAACUAAGACAGCAUCAAUAAUUUUUUUUUUCUGUCAGUCAUAACCAUUGUAGCCUAAAAUAUGCAAUUCCAAGAUUAUUGUCAGUGACCUAGGUUAUGAUUUGUAAGAUUCAACCAAAAACCCUUAACUUUUAAAUUUUUUAAGAGUUUUUUUGAAGAGAAUGACUGUUGAUUUACUCAUGUCUCCAUCUCUGAAGAACACUGCUGAUCAGCCAUAUAGAAUCUGCCCUGUUCUCAGCACUGAUAGAGUUUGACCAUCUCAUUUAGGAUACAAUGAAAAACACUUGUUCCUUUAAUCUACUUUGUAGGAACUUGGUUUUCCUGGAGUGGAAAUUGGUUCUCAUAUAAAUGAUUGGAAUCUUGAUGCCCCAGAACUGCAGCCAGUAUUUGCUGUAAGUUAUAAUUCUGUUCAUUAUUUACUACAUAAUUACAAUGGUAUUUUAGCAGUGAAAAUUCCACAAGGUUGUUCCUCUAGUCCUCUGAACUCUCAGUACUUCAUGUCAAACAGCAGAGUUGCACUAAGAGAAGAUAUCAUUGUCAUGACCAUGCUAAUUUUAAGAGAUUAACCCUUUAACUCCCAUGAGUGACCAAGACAGAAUUUCUCCUUACAAUAUCAAUACAAUAUUAACCAGAUAAGUGAUGAGAAUAAAGAAAAAUAUCAAUUUGGGGAUAAUUAGUUGAUCCAAUACUAAAUUCUCUGAACUAACUAUAAGAAUUGUUUGGUUGACAGUAAGGAGAAUUACAAAUUUGAUCUGGGAGUUAAAAGGUUAAGAAUUUCAAACUUGUUGUAUUAUUAUUAACUCUUCAAUCUUUUGUUCACUCUACAAUUCACAACUUCUGUUGAGUAACCCUGUCACUCCCACAAGUGACCAAGACAGAAUUUCUCCUUACAAUAUCAAUACAAUAUCAAGCAGGCAGGUGAUGAGAAUAGAGAAGAAUAUCAGUCAUGCGAUUAUUAGUUGAUCCAAUACCAAAUUCUCUGAACUAACAUCAUAAGAAUUGUAUGGAAGAUAGUAAGGAGAAUUACUAAUUAGAUCUUGGGAGUGAAAGGGUUAAUAAAUAUUUUUGUCACUGGAAGGAAAUUUGAAGUCAAUAGUAUUACAUAAUGUAACUUGUUCUAUCAGGCUGCAGAGGAGUUGGGUUGUGCAAUUUUUGUUCACCCUUGGGAUAUGGAAUUAAAAGGAAGGAUGUCCAAGUACUGGCUGCCAUGGCUUGUUGGUAAGUCUUUCUUAUUUUUCAGCCACUUGAGUUUUUAGUGUGCAUUGCAGACCUACAUUGUUUGUCAGAGUCUUGAAUCAGCUCAGUGUUAUCAAAAAUUUCUUGUUGUAGGAAUGCCAGGUGAAACUGCCCAAGCAAUCUGCUGUAUGAUAUUUGGUGGGGUUCUAGAAAGACAUCCAAACCUAAAAGUGUGUUUUGCUCAUGGAGGUAAGAAAAGUUAAUGAAAAUUUUAUUCUGUAAUUUUUCCAAAACUUGGUCCUGGUGGGAGGUCUCAGUGAUUCCCAAAUGAAUACAGAAUGAUCAAUUAUUUUAAGUAGUGGGAAAAACAUUUACCAGGACUGGUAUAUUUUUUUACCCAAGGUAAAUUGUUUACAGACUGAGUUGGGUAAGUAUUACAAGUUUGUAACUGCAAUGUUUCAAUACUGCUGGAAAGUAGACAGCAUAGGUUAUCACACUUGAUGAUAGCUACAAUAUGUAACAAAUAGAUUCCAUAUUGCUGUGCAUCUGUUCAGAAGUUGAUGAUAGAUGGUGCCAGUUUUAGAAAUUAACCCUUUAACUGGCAGAAUUUCUCCAUACAAUAUCAAUACAAUAUCAAGCAGACAAGUGAUGAUAUAUAAAUAUUAUAUAAUUAAGUUGAUCCAAUCCCAAAUUCUCCAAACUAACAUUGCAAGAACUGUAUGGCAGACAGUAAGGAGAAUUACUAAUGAGAUCUUGAGGGUUAAAGGGUUAAUGGUGAUAUCAUCUAUGCAUCUGUCCUCCAAUAGAUCUUAUGUGAGAACCAAUAAAAAUUCAGCUAGUCAUAACACAGGCAGCCCAAGCUCCAGCUGUGAGAUGAUCAUCUUGUGUAAGAGGAGUCAUGGUGAAAAUGUAAGAGAAGGUCCUUCUCUUAUGAGUAGUAAACCUAGAAGUGGAUAAAAUGGGUUGUUUUCAACAUAGUUAGUGGUCAGAUAACAAGCAAUGCACUAUGAAAGUAAGUUGAGGUAUUUUUAUUGAGAAUUUCACAGUAUUUUUGUAUUCCCAUGAGCAAUCAUAAAUAUUCCCAUACAAAUUCUUAUAUUUUCAUCAUGGUUCUUGUUUCACAAGAUGAUCAUCUCACACCUGGAGCUUGGGCUGCCUGUGGUCGUAAUUCACAUUUUCAUCCUGAAGUUGGUGUUCCUUAAAUAGAGCUAUAUUAUUUUUGGACUGUUAUAGGUGGGGCAUUUCCUUUCACCAUUGGUCGUAUUGAACAUGGCUUUAAUGUCAGACCAGAUCUCUGUGCUGUUGAGAAUCCAGUCAACCCAAGGUAAGUUCGUUGCACAACAUUCCAACUAUCUUCACCAUCCUCCACAUCUAGCUUAAAACUCUGUACCUUACUCUGUUUCUAAAAAAAUCUACAACUCACUUAGAAGAAUUUGGUGUAGUUUGCUAAUUUGUCUUGAAGACAUGUGCUAAUCCCUUUUUGGAGGUGAUAGCAGUAACUUGAAGUGUUACCAAAGUUUUGGCACAAUUAUAUCAUAGUUGCUAAGAGUUUUAGCAUGAAUUUGUGAAAAUUUCUCCAUCAAACUUAAAGAGAUCAAAAAUUUAAAAUUGACUGACAAGGAAUGGUGUGUUGAAGCUGCACCUGGCAUUUCAAUGACUCGAAACUUGUCUUUGUAGGAAGUACAUUGGACAAAUUUUUACAGACAGUCUUGUUCAUGAUGAGAAAGCUCUCAAAUUUCUAGUUGACAUUAUUGGAGAGGUGAGACAUUUAUUUCAGUUGUUUUCAUGCAUUUAUUACAAGUAUAUUGAAGUAAAGAAGCAGAUUUUGCAGUGUAUGCAUCCAAUGAAAUUCAAUUGUAAAAACCUGAAUCUGAGCUCUGCAAUUUACAAGUCAGACUUCUAGAAUAGGAUCACACACAUUGUUCCCAACCUAAGCACUUUCAUUAGGAGGGCCAGAGACAAAACAACAGAUGGGACAGACACAUACUUCUGAAGAAGAUGGGCAGCGCAAAUAGUUUGAGAGAUUAAAAACGAUUUGUCUGAGCACAUGAGUAGCACAACUAGAUCAAUGCAUAGUUUGGUUUGAAGGUUAAUUCCUGGAAAGUUUCACCGUUGUGAUGUUUCAUUAAUGAAUGCACUCAAAGCAGUGCAGGAGUAGUGUAUGCCUGAUCUUGAAUGUCUUGGUGUAUGGUGCGUAGAGUUUUAAAAUCUGUUGUACAAAUCAAGAUGUUGAUCCCAUACACUGCCUCUGGCCUUUACAUGUAUUUAAAACUUCUUAGCAUAUUUUGAAGGGAGCAAGGCCAGGUUAUUCUGGUAUGAGCAUAGAUUUAACUGUUUGGAGCACUGACCUGUUUAUGUACAGAUUUGCAUCUAGUACUAAUUAUCUGAUGUCUUAAUGUGUAAAUUUUUCAGGAGAAUGUUCUUUUAGGGAGUGACUACCCCUUCCCUCUUGGUGAACAUCACCCAGGCAAACUAAUUGAAGAGGUGUACAAAGACAACACAGAACUCAGGGUGAGGGAAGAAUGUGCAUUAUUUUGUGCUUGUCUAAACUUUUUUUGUGUGCAUCCUUCACAAAAAAAACACCAAAAAAAAACCCACAGGUAGAGGGCUGUGUUAGCGUGUCAUUUUUAAUGUAAUUAUGUUACACAAUAUUCUUUUCAGUCCACUAGAGAAAAACAAAUUUGUCAUCUGAUUUUUAUGUCUUAAGACAUUGAAAGAAAUCAUCCAAUGUAACUCUCUUCUUCCAUUUCUUGAGGGAAGGGUCGGAUUUGGAAGGGAGUAGUUUGUUGCAUUAUUCUGAGUCAGUUCACCAAGUAAUAAAGUAAUAAUAAAUUAUAUAUAAUUAAUGAUAAGCAUUUGAAGAAUUAUAAUUAUUCAGUUUUUCAUCCCUCUUGCCAUGUUUCCCUGAGUUCACCAUCAUGCUGUUUUGUCUUUCCAUCUUUCUAAUCAACCACCCACUUAACAGGAUGCAUUGACAACAUGGUACAUAAAAUCUUAAGUACAAUAAUAUGUUGGGUUCAUUACACCAGUAUUGCUUGGUAACAAUGAUUUAAAAAUAAAAAUAAAAGAUGCAGUUACACUGCUCAGUUUACAAAACAUAUUUUGACAAUUCCAAGCAACAGAAAGUUCUUGGUAUGAGAAAGUCAUAACAUGGAUUGCAAACUUAACUAUUAAUAGCAUCUCCUUCUUAAGUUCUCUCCUCUGUUUCCAAGUGUUAAAUGUAAAUUAAGAUUUUCAAGAUAAACUAUUGUAUUUAUCUUUUUAUACUACAUGUUGCUCACAGAUUGUAAUUGCUAAUAUUUCAUUAGUUCUCAAAGCUAUGUUGACAGUUUAUGGUGUCUGUUCUGUUGCAGGACAAGCUCUUAGCUGACAAUGCCUUGAAGUUUUUAGGAUUACAGAGAUCUCAAUUCAAUGACUAAGCUACAGACAGUUACAAGCUUGUGACUAGUGGGGUACUUGGUCCUGCACUAAAUUUCAGCACAGAUCAAAAACUCAGAAGGGUAGCUUCAGUAGGGAAGAAUGAGUUAAAUACAGUUGGUAUAGGAACAAAACAAAAUUUGAUAUUUGAAAGAUGUUGGACCAACUAUUUUAUUUUGUAUUUAUCUCAGUUAUAUUUAUUUAAAAGUAAGUCUUGAAACUGUGAUUGUGCCAAUAUUAUGCUGUAGCUCUGACUAAUAAUUUGAAGUUUCAAGCUUAUGAGGAUUAACCUUUCUCAGAAUGAGAAUUUAUGAGGAUUGACCUUUCUCAGAAUGCAAUAAAAGUACUUUGAUGACUUGACUGCUUUAGUAUUAGGCUUUAAAAGAUGACAUGAAGUUUGUUUUUUUUUUAGUUUUGUUAGGGAGUUAAUUUUCAGUGACAUUUGCAUUUUAAACUUGAUGUUUGCAUGCAUCCACUGUUUGGGUUAGCCCAAGGAAAAAAAUUAGGAUAUAAUGCCUGAAAAUUUAACCAUUUCAUUGCUUAUCAGCCCAGUGUGGACAACUUGAAGAAGCAAUAAUUUUAUUCAAUGAAGUUUGUUUUUGUUGGAGAAAAACCAACAAACACACAUUAUUCGUGCACUGUUCUGAAUUAAGGGAAAUAUUAAGUUUAUUUUUUAUAUCAUACAACUGCUACUUAUUCAGUAGAAACACCAGACAAAGUAUAUAUUUUGACAUUAUUGAUGUGACAUUUGUCAACAAAGCUUGUAAUUCAAAUGCAUGAUGCUUGCUGUUUUUGGAAUGUUCUUACUCCACAUCACAAAAGAUGUAAAAAGGUAUCUGUACAAUGUAAAUAAAUUGGGGAAAAAGAG